CUAAAUUUGUUGAAAGAGCGUCAUUCCAGUCGAUUUGAAGUUCAGCUGCGAUAUUUCAACUACUGGUGCAAUAAAGUUACUUACUACUCGCGUAGAUGAUAGUGGUGUGUUUGGUUCUUGUUUGCGAAACUUUCAUACUGGCUUAGAGCACAGUUUUAAUGCUGGAAGCGUUUAUUGCAAUGUCAAGUAUGCCUACAAACGGCACGUGUAUUGUUUAACAGCCUAGGCCAUCGAACCACCGAAGUGUUGAGACGUGUUUCUCUGACUGCUGUCAGCCUUCUGUGAUUUGAACCUACAGGCCAGGUGAAAUGGGAAACAAGCAAAGCAAAGCUUUUUUAAUCUCAAAAAGAGCAAAUAAUGGAAAUUCAGUGCAAGAUGGCAAUUCCAGGGUUGCAUCAAAGCGAACGGCUGAGGACAUGUGUGGUAGCAGUUCUAAUCGUGACGAAGAGCUGGAAACGGAACACAGCCCAGGAAGGAAACGGCUGAGAACAACAUCAGAAUACAUUUACAAUGUCUUGUUUCUUGAAGGAGAAAACAGUGAUGUUACCAUCAGUGCUCUUGGUCAUGAAUGGAAACUGCACAAAGUUUAUCUUUGUCAGUCAGGGUAUUUCAGAGGAAUGCUAAAAGGCCAAUGGUUGGAAAGCAGUCUGUCCUUCAUUGCAAUUGAAAUCCCUGAUGAAACUGUUGACCGAAAAGCUUUGGACAUUGCUUUUGGAAGUCUCUACAGUGAUGAGGUUGAUGUUAAUAUCCUUCGCAGUCAUGUGAUACCAACAUUGGCUGCAGCACGACUGCUGGACUUGACUGGCUUGCUUGUGGUGUGUCAAGAUGUUAUGAUGGAGACAUUAUCAGCGUCCACAGUUUGCAGAUACCACCAGGCAGCUUGCACAUAUGCAUUGACUGAAGUGGAAAGAAAGUGUUUCCAGUGGAUCGAGCGAAAUUUGCUGCUCUGUCGGACCCCUGCAGUGGCAAAAGAAAUAAGCCAAGAUGUUCUCGAACAAGUGUUGCAGUCAAUGGAAUUUGUGGUGAUGCAAGUGGAGGUUGAUGUUUACAAUUUCUUAAAAAUCUGGGUUUACUUAAAACUACACCCUACAUGCGAUCUGCCUUUGAAAUCAAUUGUGCAGGAGACGCAGAGGUUUUUUAUCGAACGGGAGCAAGAAGAAAACAAAAGGGCCUUCCUUGCAACCGAAGAGGGUCUACAGUUUGCGUCGACUUUCAAGUGUUUGAAACUUGAAAGGUUAUUAGAAGACUCCAAGGCAAUAAACUUGUUAAAAAAAGACGGCAUAAUUCCAAAAGAAUGGCUUUUAUCAUUAUAUGAGGAACAGUGGAACAGGAUGCUAAAUGUUUACAACGGAUCUGAUCAAGGCCCAAUCGAGGUGCCACGAGAUGUUUUCGAAAAAUUUGCAUGCAGAUGUGGAAGGAUUUUGGAGAAAAAUAGCAGGUAUUGUUGGAGAUGGACUGGAUUUUCGUGUGGAAUUGACAUAAUAGUAACCUAUGACAACAGAAAUCGAAGCCUGUCAAUCAAGCGCAACACUUACAGCCAACCAUGUAAUUCGGCUAUUUGCAUGCAAAGUCAAAGAGCGGUUGCUCUCAGGUUUAAACUUUUCACAACAAACGAUUCUGGAGCCGAAGUCAAUUGCAAGGAUACAGGGUUGCUGCACAUGAUGCUGAAAACCGACGAAGAAGCACCUUUGUUUCAACUAAAUGAAAACUGGACCUUUCCUGUAUUUGUGAGUGCUAGGAUUAUGAUCGCAUCACAUGACGUAAAUGGACAGAAAGUUUAAAGCCUUGGCCAGUCAUCUGUUCCUCCUUGAUUUUCUUCUGAAUCGACGAUGACCUAACAUCAGUUACCAGAAGCUUUUGUCGUCAGACACAGAAUAUCCUCUCGUACCCUGGUUUUUCGUACCCUGGUUUUCAGCUUUUGAUAGUAACUUAAAGAAGAAAACCGUCAGUUCAUGUGCUUUGAAAAAGUUUCAUGCAAAUUUUGUUCGUUCUCAACUCGUUGAAAUUAAUAUCUGCUAUUGUUUUCAUCCCACCUGAAUUUUUAUCAUGACACCUCAUGACACUGGAAUCGUAUUGUACGAGGGAGUUUUUCUAUGCUUGUUCUAACCUUAAGUAACUUGAUAAACACGGGGUUUCAAUUUUGCUACAUCAGGAACACAGCUCGUACCCUGGUCCGUAUUACUAAUCUAUAGGUCCGUAACUCGCAUCCCUCUCCUAUCAUAGACCUUAUCAAUACCCCUGCAACUUGUUUUGUUACAAAAACCCCCUUAACAAAUAGCAGGCUGUGAGAUGGCCGCUUUAAAUAAUUCCCAAUCAAACCUAAGGUCAAUCUACGCAAUGCUGGUUCCAUUCAGGGUAGUUGUCUCUUUGCCAAAAAAGAGUAUUUAUUUUCAUGGACACCAAUAAUUUAAUUUGAUUAAGUACUCGGGUUUUGAGUUCUUAGAGGGUUAUCUCCGCUCAAUGGGCCCCUCCCCAGACUGGCCUUCGGCCAAUUACUUGGAAAUUGAAUAAAUAUCUCAGAUCCAUUAUGUGUUUAUUAAUCGUUUGUCUCUAGGAAAAGUAUCUUGUUUAAAACAAUUGUUUUAGAAAUCACAAAGUUGGCGUACAUCAAUCUUUGAAUCCAAACUUAAAUGAUAUUCUCAUGCUAGUAAUUCUCGCAUUUUGUUACGCUUUUGUUGUAAACUCAACUGAUGCUACUUUGUAUUGAACGAUUGAUUUUUUUAGACGUUUGUGAUUUGUAAAGUUACCACUACAAUAUUCGCCUUCGAAUUGUAUCAUUUUGUAAAUGUUAUCGAAGAUCCCAUUCACAACUGUCAAGUAGAAAAUUAAAAAUGAUUGCGUUAAAUUGGGAUUCUAUAUAGAUUUUACGCUAAACCAGCAAUUUACUACGA